UAAACCGCGGGAUGCAUAUAGCGGCAAGAUUUGAUUUAAGAACGAACUCUUUUUCUAUAGAACAAGAGCAUUUGCCUCACAGUUAUUCGUUCAUUCAUUUUGUGUUUGUGCAUUUUAGAAAUCCUGAUGGUAAAUGAAGGUAGUUGUUUCCCCACGAUGGAUCUGCUACGGUCGGAGCCUAUGCAAAUGGCUCAAUUGAUCAUUCCAACCGAAUCAGCUCAUCGAGCCAUCUCUUACCUUGGCAAUCUCGGCCUCUUCCAAUUCAUAGAUCUCAAUGUAGAUAAAAGUCCAUUCCAGCGAACUUAUGCUUCUCAGAUUAAACGAUGUGGGGAAAUGGCGCGUAGGCUACGGUUGUUUAAGGACCAAAUGUUGAAAGCAGGCGUGUCACCCUCAAUGAGCACAGCAAGAGAGGAUAAUGUUGAUCUGGAAAGUUUGGAGGUUAAACUUGAAGAACUUGAAGCCGACCUCCUUGAGAUAAAUGCAAAUAAUGAGAAGUUGAAGCACACUUACAAUGAGCUAUCAGAGUAUAAGCUUGUUCAAGAGAAGGUUGGUGAAUUUUUCUCUUCAGCAAAAAAUAAUGCCGUAGCUCAACAGAGAAAGCUUGAAGUACAGAUAACUGUUGAAAGGUCUAUUGACAGCCCAUUACUAUUGGAACAGGAGGAGACGUCAGCAAAGCAAAUUAAGCUGGGCUUCAUCAGUGGACUUGUUUCAAGGGAAAAAUCAGUUCCUUUCGAAAGAAUUCUAUUUCGUGCUACUAGGGGAAACGUGUUUCUCAAACAAGCUGUGGUUGAUCAUUCUGUUCUUGAUCUUUCGUCAGAAGAGAAGGUUCAUAAAAAUGUAUUUGUCGUCUUUUAUUCUGGAGAGAGUGUUAAAAGUAAAAUUCUGAAAAUAUGUGAUGCUUUUGGAGCAAAUCGUUAUCCUUUCUCAGAUGACUUGAGUAAACAACUUCAGACAAUAACAGAGGUUUCAGGAAGACUUUCAGAAUUGAAGACUACAAUAGAUGCAGGAUUGCUUCACCGGAGCACUCUGUUGCAGACAAUUGCAGAUCACUAUGAGCAGUGGAGCCUUCAGUUGAAGAAGGAAAAGUCAAUUUAUCACACUCUAAAUAUGCUUAGCAUUAAUGUGACAAAGAAAUGUCUCCUUGCAGAAGGUUGGUGUCCUGUUUUUGCGACAAGCCAGAUUCACAAAGUAUUGCAGCAGGCAACUGUGGAAUGCAGUUCUCAAGUUGAGGCCAUAUUUCAGGUCUUAGAGACAAAGGAAUCACCGCCUACCUACUUCUGCACAAACAAAUUCACUUCUGCUUUUCAAGAAAUUGUAGAUGCCUAUGGAAUCGCCAAGUACCGGGAAGCGAAUCCCGGUGUGUACACAAUUAUCACUUUUCCAUUCCUUUUUGCUGUAAUGUUUGGUGACUGGGGGCAUGGCAUAUGCCUAUUACUGGCGGCUUUGUAUCUCGUAAUCAGAGAGAAAAAAUUUUCAAGUCAGAAACUUGGAGACAUAAUGGAAAUGGCUUUCGGUGGACGCUAUAUUAUUAUGAUGAUGGCACUCUUUUCAAUCUAUACCGGGUUGAUAUAUAAUGAGUUCUUCUCCGUUCCAUUUGAAUUAUUUGCUCCAUCUGCCUAUGGAUGUCGUGAUUCUUCAUGCGGGGAUGCUUCUACCAUAGGUUUAAUAAAAGUGCGUGACACAUAUCCGUUUGGUGUGGAUCCCAAAUGGCACGGUACUCGGAGUGAACUCCCAUUUCUUAAUUCUUUGAAGAUGAAGAUGUCAAUUCUGCUGGGGGUAUCCCAGAUGAAUCUUGGAAUCAUAAUGAGUUACUAUAAUGCAAAAUACUUCGAAAACGAUAUAAAUAUCUGGUACCAGUUCGUUCCCCAGAUGAUAUUCUUAAAUAGCAUGUUUGGCUACCUUUCACUCCUCAUAAUUGUAAAAUGGAGCACUGGAUCACAGGCCGACCUGUAUCAUAUACUUAUAUAUAUGUUCCUUAGCCCAACUGAUGAUUUAGGUGAAAACCAGCUUUUUUUUGGUCAACAGCUCCUUCAACUUGUGUUACUACUGUUGGCACUUGUUGCCGUACCAUGGAUGCUAGUACCAAAGCCCUUUCUCCUGCAGAAGCAACAUAGAGAAAGGCAUCAAGGUCAAUCUUACUCUUUGUUGUUCAACAAGGAUGAUCCUGACGAAUCAGAGUCACAAAGUGUUCCCUGUGACACUGACGAUGAGUUUGAUUUCAGCGAGGUUUUUGUGCACCAACUUAUACAUACAAUCGAAUUUGUGCUUGGAGCUGUGUCUAAUACAGCUUCGUAUCUACGUUUGUGGGCCCUCAGAGGUGAUGGCAGCAAAUGUGCAACGACGGUGGCGGCAAUGAUGUGAUACAGUGAGGGGGGUAUUUUAGUCUUUUAAUAUUUACUAGGAUGGAUUUAGUAAUGAUGGGGUGGAGGUAAAACCCUAUGAUUCUAGUGUGUGAAAUUUUCUUCCGGUGAAUCAAAAUUAAACUUGGACAUGCAAUUUGGGCUUUUUGAUGAACUUCCAACUCGUGAAUGGGAUUUCUUCUUGCAGCCCCAUAAUCUUAGUGAAAUAACUUAGUUACCCUUUAUUAAAAAAAUUUGCGCAACAAGUUGUCUUCCAAAUUUGUAUAAGGAUUGUACAAUUUGGAAUUUAUAAUCUGAAAUGUAUUUUAAAUACUAAAUUGUCUGUAAAUUUACACGAAGAAAACAUGGGAGUGCAGGAAGAAAUUUCCUGGCUAAUGCAAAAAACUUUGAAAUGACUUUGUAUUCAAACAAGUAUAUAGGAAACCAUCCUCUCAUGAUUAUACAGAUCAGUGCCCUCGUGAAUUGAAUGCAUUGCCCUAAGGUUAGAUUGGAUCGAACCAUUUGUGGUUGACCAGUUUCUGGAAAUGAACCUAUAUCUAGUAAAACCAUGAAAAACAGUAAAACCUUAUAUCUAUUAACUCCCUAGUCAGUAAACCCACAUUUUCAUGGUUUGGUUCAUAUAU